UUCGGAGUGCCAGCAUCGGGAAUGGGCAUGUUAAGUAUUCUGCGGCAGGUGCGCGAUCUGCCGAAUAGCACAGCGAUAGUGCACUGUUCGGCGGGAGUGGGACGGACUGGCACGAUGGUGGCGUGCGAAAUUUGCUUGAAGAUUCUACUCGAAGGCAAAGAUUUGAAUGUUGGUUCUUGA